ACGGGAAGUCCCAAUUUACUUCCUGUUUCAUUUAUAACAAUUUAAACAAUGGAUAAAUUUAAGGGGAAUGUGUUGACAUAAGUAAAUAUGGCGACAUCACUAAGCUAUGAUAUCUCAAUUGAUGCUUUACCUUCAGACGAAAACUAUAAACCUAACACGGUAUCAAGAGGAUACAGAGAACAACACAAGCCACAGGCAAAUGGAGAAAAUCCCUCACCUGAGGAGACUGAAAGUGCAGUGUUUAAUGAGUAUCUAGCAAUAAACAGAAGCAAUGACUCUAGCGGUCCAAGUUCUUUCGCAGAGUAUUUGGAACGUUUCAAUGAUUCUUCUGCAGUGGUUGGUGAGGUGGUUGGUGAUGGUUAUCCAAGUCGAGAAAUGCCAAGCUGGGAAGGUGCAUCUUGCCAAAAAGGAAAAAGCAGCCAGAUUACCAAAGAUGAAGAUGACAAUAUUCAUAGGUUUUUUCUUGAGUUGACGGCUACUUCUUGUUUAAGUUGGACUGUAUUUCUUGCUGAUCUAGGAUACAAUUCUAAAGAGCUAUUAAAGUUGCCAGGAAAUCAAAGAGACAAUUUUUUCUAUCAAUACUUAUUACAUUGGCUUGAAACAGUCACACGGCUAGGAUUCAACCCAAUUAAAUUUAUGUACAGAGCACUAAUAAAGACUCGAGACAAAGACCUCAUUGAUAAAUUCAAGCGUCAAAUUCAAAGUGAUUCUCUCGAUGCAUCAUCUGAUCAAGAGUUUGAGAUCAUUAAAGGACACCUAUCUGAAAUAGACAUUUCAAAUCAUAAUAAAAAGACAACCUGUAUCAAAGACAGAAAGGAACAAAUCAUGUAUGUAGAAAGAGAUAUUUGGAGUAAUAUAACGCCUGAUGAAUUAAAAGAAAUUAAGGCAUUUUUGCGUCAGACAAAGAAGGACAAAUUCCCUAAAAAAAAACUUGAAGAAAUACAAACUGGUGUUGACCUAAUGCAAAAGCUCCACGAGACAUGUUUGAUAACAGAAGACGACUUAAGUUAUUUAAAAUCUAUUCUGCACUUUUUGAAACGAGAUGAUCUCAUAGUGAAGAUAACCGAAUUGGAAUCACCAGGUUUCGUAUUUCAGAAAGAAUCAUUGUCUGUUAAACAAAUCCUGUCACCAUGUAUAAGUACAGACCAUGUUUUACCACCAUUAGAGGAUAUUGACUCAAAGUUUUUUCAUUCAACUAGAAUAAUUGAAAAUAAUAUUUCUGCUAAGACCAAAGAAAUAUUACAGACUGAUUGUAGAACGAAGGAACUGGCAACCACGUCUAAAUCAUGUCUUCAGAAGAUGCAAAAAUGUGCAAAAGAACGCAUUCAAAUCGAAGCCCAGAUAAAAAAGUUGCAGUCAGAUGCAAAUGAUUUACAAUCUAAAGAAACGUCUUUAGGGAAGGAGCUAAGUUCACUCGAUUUUGAGAUAAAAAAAGAGAAGGAACUACAUCAGCAACAGACUUCGGAAUUAGAUCUUUAUAAAUGUGCGUUGGAAAAAGAAUCAAAAAUACAGGAAGAUUUGAAAAAGAUUGAAGAAGAAAAGAAAUUUCAAUUACAUAAACGAAAACAAAGAGAAUACGAAAACAAGUUGGAAAAUGAAAAAAAAAAUCAAUCACAACAGAAAAAAGAAUUAGAAAAUCAGAAUAGGAUAUGCCUAGAAAAUCCGCAUUCUCCUACUAUUGAAAGAGAUGGACCCUUUGACAAUGAGGACAAACCAGCAAACAUUGUGAGCAGAUAUGAAUGCCACAUAACGAGAGACGAAAGCAAACAAAACGAAGUAGUAGCUGUACAAGUAGUUCCUCAAUGCGCUUCCUUUGUAGAGGCUGGAGCUAGACCUCUACAACAGGAGUUAACUGUUGAACCUUUGAUACUUAUGAUGGCAGCUGAAGAGAACAAAAGUGAUUUGAAAUCAUUCAAGUCUGACGUUUUGCAAGAAGCGCCUCGAAGUGUUACAUUAAACAAAGUACAUGAAAUAAUAAUUGAAAGAAACACCACUGAGGAAUUUCUGAACAGAACUGAUGAAGAAAUGCCGAAAGCAGUACUGCUGUUUAUUCUGGUAUCGGAUGUGUUUGCAAAACGUUGCUGGCCUGAUAUCUCCAAAAUGAAAAAUCUUACUGCUGCAUUAUAUGGUUCACAACCACUAGUUGUCCCUGUAAUUAUCAAAGCUAAUGUGAAACCACCAAUGGGUUUAAAUUCAGCUCACUCUCUCAGAUUUUACACACGCGACAGCUAUUACAAGGACGCACUCAGAAAGCUACUUGGCCAGUUGAAUUAA